AGCUGACAAAUUAUGAUUAAGACUAUUUUAUAGGUCUACUUGGAAGAGUUUACAUUCUGUAGCAAAGAUCCCUCCCUUUAAAAGUGUAUGACAUCGUCAAGAGAUGAUUUUCCAAUUUUAAAUGCAUUUUAUAGUUAAGGAGAUGUAUUCUGGGCCCCCAUUCAUCCCUGGACUUGAGACAUCAGCUGCUUGUUGGACCUUGACGUUUGACAGAAACCACAAAUUCGUUAAUGACUUGUUUUAAAGGCCAGAUUUCUUCCUGACUUAAACAGUGAUGCUCUCUCAAUCUUUGAAAUACGGAUGGACGACUUAUAUAUUAAUCAAAACUGAAGGAAUUGGCUUUGCAGCAGAGAAAAGUAGGUGUUUUGCCCAAAUCGCUUUUGGGAAGGAGCCUUCUGGUCUGAAAGUCAAUAGGCUGCACCUCAAUGCAAGUUAGAUUUAUUUCUUGGCUUCUGUAUAGAGCCAUCAGAUUAGGAAUUCCAGUAUUUCUCUGCCGAUGAGCGGAGUUGAACUUCCGUCCUGGGCUUCGGUCUCUGCCCGGCAGAGCGAGAACGGCAACGAUAGAGCUUCCAUGGUCGGGAGCAGCCCCAAGGUGGAACGCCGGUUCUGUUCUUCGUGGAAGGCCUCAACCGGUAGACUGCUUCUGGGCGUGGAGGAUCGCCCGGGAGAAGCAGCGCUCGGCGGAGAUACUGCGCCUGCGUCAGCCCGCCUCGGGUCAGGCGAGUCAGGUGACCCUUUGUGGUGGCCAAUGGGGCGGUCCCUUAUUGCGGGGUCCUCCGCCGCCGCCUUGCUGCUUCUGGUCCGGGAUGCGCUGAGCCGGGGCAGCUGCCGCCCCUUCUCAGGUGUGAAUGACAGAGGAGGUGCCUCCGACUGCACUCAGCGAGAUAUACCUUCGCCUUUUGUGUCAUGAUGACAUAGAUACGGUCAAACAGCUUUGUGGUGAUUGGUUCCCCAUUGAAUACCCUGACUCAUGGUAUCAGGACAUCACCUCCAACCAAAAGUUUUUUUCCCUGGCUGCAACUUACCGUGGCACCAUUGUGGGCAUGAUAGUUGCUGAGAUCAAGAGUCGAGCCAAAGUGCACAAAGAGGAUGGUGAUAUUUUAGCUUCUGGUUUUCCUGUUGAUACUCAAGUUGCUUACAUUCUAAGCCUAGGAGUGGUGAAAGAAUUUCGAAAGCAUGGCAUAGGUUCUCUUCUGUUGGAAAGCCUGAAAGAUCACAUUUCGACCACUGCCCAGGAUCACUGCAAGGCCAUUUACCUGCACGUCCUGACCACCAACAACACGGCAAUACAUUUCUACGAAAACAGAGACUUUAAGCAGCAUCAUUACUUGCCCUACUAUUAUUCCAUCAGAGGGGUCCUCAAAGAUGGCUUCACUUACGUCCUCUACAUCAAUGGGGGACACCCGCCGUGGACAAUUUUCGACUAUCUUCAGCACAUCGGCUCGACUUUGGCCAAUCUGAGCCCCUGCACAAUUCCCCAGCGGAUUUAUCGCCAAGCCCAGAACAUCCUCUGCAGCCUUUUGCCUUGGUCGGGCAUUUCAGCCAAGAGCGGCAUUGAAUAUAGCCGGACCAUGUGACCUGAAGGGAGUCCUUCUCUGCAUCUCUGCGGUUGCACAGCUGACAUGGCUCCAACUCUCAACCAUUUGUGGACUUGGCAGAAUAAUUCCUCCUCCUCCUCCUGCUGCUGCUGCUACUUUCCCCUCUUCAGUAUGAGCAGAAGGAAAACAGGCAGUUCUGCUGCCUCGGCACUGCAGGGCAAUGUCCUGGCUGCUCUGCCCCCAACCAGCCUUUCUGCAGUGGGGAGAUGCUUGGCACGAGGGGCGCCUUAGAACCGAGAGGACUGUUGGCAGCCGAGGCCUCCCGGGUGAUCAUUGCUCGGCAUCUUUGUCUCCCUUUCAGAAAUGCCUCCCUUGGCUGAGCAGUUCAUGCCCAGGGGAGCCUUUGGCUCUUUGAGGCUAAAAUGUGUGUGUGCUGAAGGACAGACACCACCUGUAUAUCUUGCUUUCUGCUAGUCUGAACUUGGCCUUGAAGUGUGGACUGGAAGUAGGGGAAGAGCUGGGGGUGGGAAGUGCCCCCAAGUCAAGGCCUGAGAUGCUGCCCUGCUCUCCCUCCUGCCUUGGGCCCCCGAGGGCAACUGCAGUGGAGCCCCUCUCCUUCCCAGCGGAAGCAGGAGGCUUGAACAGACCUCGCAAAAUGGGCGUGCCAUCUUAAGCCCUUUUGGCUCGUUGGACCUCUACGGGGCCAGACGUGGUUUCCAUCCCCGGUGUAAGCUCUUGGGAUAAAGGGCCAGGUGUUCAGCCUUACACGAUAUUUCUGGCCCCUCAGUAGCAGUGGGAAAGCAUGGCUCCCCCUCUCAUGGAUGAGCUCCAGCUGUCUCAAGGGCCAACAGUGCUGAUCCUUCUCAAAAGGUGCUGUGGGGAGUCUCCCCUCCCCUUCCUGUACCUAGAUAAGUAGCAUCACCUCCCAAGACCUGCAUCUCCAGGCAGUUUACAUAACCCAACUGAUCCUUCCGGAAGGCAUGUGCUUACUGCAAGCACUUGAGAAAGCAGCAGGCUUACACCUUUAGCGCUAAACUGGAAUUCACAUUUUGGCUCUUUGGCUGGGACUCCUUGGACCUGGGGAGUUUAGGCAGAUUGUGUGUGUGUGCGCGCACUUUGAAAAGGGCUUUGAAAAAGAUGCGGGGGGGGGGGGGGCUUGCAGUCCUUGCUUAUGGCUGGCAGGCUUUACAGUUAGCUGGCUGCAUGGAGCAGCGCUGUGCCCUGCAGAGUUUGGAGUGGCACAGAGUUGCUGCUCUUGCUCCCAGCAGGCCUUGGGCAGAGGGGCUGGUUGCGCUGCCGAAGGCAAAAUAGCCUACGAGACUCUAUGGGCACCUCGGGCAGUUUUUACCCUUCUCUGGGGACCCCCUCAGCUCCCUGAGGGCACCGUCUGAGGUAAAAGGUUAGGGAAGUCUGAAGGGCUAAGGGUCAAUCAUGGGAACAAGCGACACCAUCAUGAUGUAAUGAACACCCUUCAGAAUUUGCUCAGUUGGUGAGGCCACACAAUGCCACCACAAUGACAUGGCUUGUGCCAGAGGCCUGUGGCAUCUCUUGACUGUGUUGCAUGUGGCUGCUCGUCUUCCAAGUGGAAGGACCAUUUCAAUGCCAGGCCCAGCAUAGCAUCUUCCUGAAAGGUUUUGUGCUUUCAAACCACCUCUUGCUUGGAAAUACUGACGUUGCAGUUUCAUCAGUGUUUCAGUUUGAUUUCUGAAUAGUGCCUCUCCAUCGUUCCUGUAUGCCUGCCUGUUGUGUAAGCAAAUUCUCCCCUUCCUCCCCUGAAAGGCAUUUGUAUUGGCCUGUCUCCUUAUUUAUUGAACAGCACGUCAGCCGGUCCUUUUAACUCUCUUGGAUUAAAGGGGUUUGUUUUGUG